AAUUGAUUUUUAUUUAUAUUUUUUCCAAGAGAAUCAGAGGGGAAGUGGACAACCACGUCAAUAGCUGACACACACUCACCACCAAAACCCCACUAUUGUCAGAUUCUCAUCUUCCCCUCCAGUGUGUGUGUUCAAGCGGAGACUUCUGUGUAGUGAAGUUACAAACCCAGAAAUUGUGCAGACCAGAGAGAGGGAGAAGAAUGGCGGAGAAUCAGUUGGUGCACCCGCCUCUAGUCACUUACCUGUCAAUGAUCGCUCUUCUCACUUUAGCACCCCCUUUUGUUAUUCUCAUGUGGUAUACAAAUGUUCAUGCCGAUGGGUCUGUAUUGCAAACAUUUAAUUACCUAAGGGAGAAUGGCCUGCAAGGACUCAUUGAUAUCUGGCCAAGACCCAGUGCAGUUGCGGGAAAAAUAAUAAUUUGCUAUGCUCUAUUCGAGGCCGCACUUCAGCUUUUGUUGCCGGGUAAAACGGUCCAAGGGCCGAUAUCUCCAACUGGACACAGGCCUGUCUAUAAGGCAAAUGGCAUGGCAGCAUAUGUAGUGACACUAAUUACGUAUCUCAGUCUUUGGUGGUUUGGGAUAUUCAAUCCCACAAUUGUGUAUGAUCAUCUGGGGGAGAUUCUCUCUACACUAAAUUUUGGAAGCUUAAUCUUCUGUCUCUUCUUAUACAUAAAAGGUCAUGUUGCGCCAUCUUCCACUGAUCACGGUUCGUCAGGGAACAUAAUAAUCGACUUCUAUUGGGGGAUGGAGCUAUAUCCUCGCAUUGGCAAACACUUUGACAUCAAAGUCUUCACGAACUGCAGAUUUGGCAUGAUUUCUUGGGGAGUUCUCCCUAUUACCUACUGUAUAAAGCAGUAUGAAGAAUAUGGAAGUCUCUCCGAUUCCAUGCUUGUAAACACCAUAUUGACAUUGGUGUAUGUCACGAAAUUCUUCUGGUGGGAAGCAGGGUACUGGAACACCAUGGAUAUUGCACAUGACCGAGCUGGCUUUUACAUAUGCUGGGGAUGCUUAGUAUGGCUUCCAUGUAUAUAUACUUCUCCCGGAAUGUACCUUGUCAAACAACCUGUAAAUCUUGGACUUCAGCUUGCAAUUUAUAUUCUAGUAGCUGGUGUUCUCUGCGUAUACAUAAACUAUGAUUGUGACAGACAAAGGCAAGAGUUUCGCAGAACAAAUGGCAAAUGCCUUGUCUGGGGAAAGGCUCCAUCAAAGAUUGUUGCCUCAUACACUACUACCACUGGUGAGACUAAAACCAGCCUUCUCCUGACAUCUGGAUGGUGGGGCUUAGCUCGGCACUUCCAUUAUGUUCCAGAAAUACUAGCUUCAUUUUUCUGGAGUGUACCAGCUCUUUUCAACCAUUUCAUUCCUUACUUCUAUGUAAUCUAUCUGACGGUCCUCCUUUUCGAUCGAGCCAAAAGGGAUGAUGACCGAUGCAAGUCAAAGUAUGGCAAAUACUGGAAAUUGUAUUGUGAAAAGGUGCCUUACCGGGUCAUACCCGGAAUUUACUAGUGGGUUUUUGGUUUGCCAGGAAUGUUAUCUUCAACUGAUGAACCUCGAAAGGGUGGUUGUCCCAGAGCGUAGAUGUUUCCGUCCCUUUAUAGUUUAUCCAGAUGCUCAUUCUAGUUCUUUAAUUACUGCUGCUAGUAUCAGUUGUAGAAUCUAAACCAUGAGUAUUGUUUUCUAUGACGUACUUAUAGUUGUACAACAUCCCUUUUGUUAUAGUUGUUUUGACACCAUGAAGAAA